AAGAAGUUAACUAUUCAAACAAACCUCUGCCCCGAUGUCGCCAUUCUUCGUCUCUUCCCGUCAAUUUCUGUUGAAGCAGUGAGGAGCUUUUUCAAACCACCAAUGAAGGGAGUGAUUCUGGAGACUUAUGGUACAGGCAACGUGCCUUCCAAUUACAUGGAGUUAAUGGAAGUCUUUAAGGAGGCCUACGAGCAGCACAAGAUCAUUAUGCUCAACGUCACUCAAUGCUGGAAGAGAUCUGUGGCUCAAGUCUACGAAACUGGAGCCGUUCUGAACAAAGUUGGUGCCAUCUCUGGUUGUGUAAGUGGUAGCUAUUGCAUUGCACUUAUAUGA